CCAUCACAAAGAGUACAGUUUAUUUUGGGAGAAGAAGAAGAUGAUGAACACAGAGCCCAUGAUCUCUUCUGUGAGAUGACAGAAUUAUUUAAUGAUGGGGAAAAACAGGAAUGGAAGGAAACAGCCAGAUGGAUAAAGUUUGAAGAAGAUGUAGAAGAGGGAGGAGAGAGAUGGUCCAAACCUCAUGUGGCUACGUUGUCUCUUCAUUCAUUGUUUGAGUUACGUUGUAGUAUCUUGAAUGGCACUGUUAUGUUGGACAUGGACGCCCCAUCUUUAAGUUUAGUUAUUAGAAUGGUAUUGGACAAUAUGGUGGCAUCGAAACAACUUGAAGACAAUUUACAAGAUCAAAUCUAUGACGUCAUCACGUUACGUCAUCGACAUCAAAACGAGAAAAAACACCGACAGGAUACGCUCAGUAGUAAAAUGCAUUUACCCAUAAUCAGAUCUUUGGCCGACAUUGGCAAGAAAUAUUCAGAACCAAAGGGACUGGCCACGCAAGGAGCCAAAAGUUCACCAAAUAUUUUGAAUAUGGCGCGGAAUGCCAGUGGAAAUGGAACGGAAAAUGGUGGAAUCACAACGAGUUCAUCUUUCGCUCACCAAGAUUCCAGUAAUCUGCAUUUUAUGAAGAAGAUCCCACCUGGAGCAGAAGCCUCGAAUAUUAUGGUGGGAGAGGUUGACUGUUUGAAUCACCAGAUUGUGGCUUUUGUCCGUUUGUCUAAAGCUGUGUUGCUAGGUGAUCUGACAGAAGUUCCUGUUCCCUCAAGAUUUUUGUUCAUCCUGCUGGGUCCCCCUGGAAACCAGAAUCGCUAUCAUGAAAUGGGAAGAUCCAUUGCCACUCUCAUGUCAGACGAGAUUUUUCACGAUGUUGCAUACCAUGCUAGAAACCGUGAAGAUUUAUUGGCGGGUAUUGAUGAAUUUUUAGAUCAAGUAACAGUGCUGCCUCCUGGUGAAUGGGACCCUAGCAUUAGAAUUGAACCUCCCAAAAGUGUUCCUUCACAGGAGGGUCGAAAGAUGGCGAAUUCUCUACCAAAUGGAAAAGCUGUAUUAGAUGAAGAAGAAAAUGAACAUACUGAUCUAACUUUAGUGAGAACUGGACGAUUUUUUGGUGGUUUAAUUGAUGAUAUUAAAAGAAAAGUUCCAUUUUGGCCAUCAGAUUUUAAGGAUGCUAUCCAUGUCCAGUCCUUAGCUUCCUUUAUUUUCCUGUAUUUUGCAUGUCUGACGCCCAUUAUCACUUUUGGUGGAUUGUUGGGUCAUGCUACUCAGAAUAACAUGGCAGCUUUAGAAAGUAUUCUGGCCGGUUCUAUUUGUGGUAUAACAUAUUCAUUAUUUGCCGGUCAACCUCUAACUAUACUGGGUUCAACUGGACCAGUCUUAGUAUUUGAGAAAAUCUUGUUUUCAUUUUGCCAUGAUAACAAGAUAGAUUAUCUGGAGUUUCGUCUCUGGAUUGGAAUGUGGACCGGGUUCAUUCUACUCUUUAUGGUUGCGUUUGAUCUCAGUGCUCUGGUUCGCUUCAUCACAAGAUUUACGGAGGAGAGUUUUGCUGCUCUGAUUUCCUUAAUCUUUAUCUACGAAGCUAUCGCCAAGUUGAUCCAUAUUUUGGAUUCUGAUCCAUUCAACAAAAUGCCAGGCCAGAACUUAACAUACGAAUGCUGGUGUGGACCUGGAAAGAAGAACCGUUCCUCCAUUACUGAUUGGAGCAAUGUAUCUAUAGAAGAUUGUCAUGAUCUGAAUGGAACUUUGAAAGGUCCAGGAUGCUAUACUCCACAUUACGUUGCUGAUGUGUUUUUUGUUUCUGUUGUUUUGUUCAUUGGAACAUUUUUGAUUUCUUUGGCCUUAAAAACAGUGAAAGAAACCCGUUUUCUCCCCACGGCGGCUCGACAAGUGGUGAGUGAUUUUGCAGUAUUAAUUGCUAUAGUAUCUAUGGUUGGGUUAGACUUGCUCAUCAAUGUUCCAACUCCCAAAUUAGACGUUCCUUCAGAAUUUGCUCCAACCAAUCCAAACCGAGAAUGGUUUAUCAGCCCGUUUGGUAAGAAUCAAUGGUGGUUAUCUCUAGCUGCUAUCGUACCUGCCCUGUUGGCCACCAUUUUGAUUUUUAUGGAUCAGCAGAUUACAGCUGUCAUUGUCAACAGAAAGGAGAACAAAUUGAAGAAAGGUCAUGGUUACCAUCUAGAUCUAUUUAUAGUAGCAGUAUUGAUUAUUGUUAACUCUUUAUUGGGUCUACCAUGGUUUGUUGCUGCCACUGUGCUUUCCAUUAAUCAUGUUAACAGCUUGAAAAAAGAAUCCAAAUGUGCCGCUCCUGGUGAAAAACCAAAAUUUCUUGGUAUCAGAGAGAAUCGUCUGACUGGUAUUAUGAUUUUUCUGAUGAUUGGUUUAUCUGUAUUGCUCACUAAAGUUCUGUUGUUUAUUCCAAUGCCAGUUUUAUUUGGUGUAUUUUUGUAUAUGGGUGUGUCGUCUCUCAAAGGAAUGGAAUUGGUGGAUCGUUUCUUGAUCCUCUUCAUGCCGCCAAAAUAUCAGCCCGAUUUGAUGUAUUUACGUCAUGUACGCACGAAACGAGUCCAUACGUUCACAGCUAUACAAAUAUUCUGUCUAAUAGUACUCUGGGUGAUCAAGACUAUCAAGGCUAUUUCUAUUGCCUUUCCCAUUAUGGUGCUAGCUAUGUGUUUUGUAAGGAAAGGAAUGGAUUUCUAUUUCACCCAGCACGAGUUAAAAUGGCUAGAUGAUAUUAUGCCUGAAGCUCACAAGAGAGAAAAAGAAGAUGAAGUCAAGAAGAAAGAUGAGGUAUGGAGAGUUUUUUUUAAGCUGUUUCAUUUUCAUCUCUUUCAUAUAUAG